UGGGCAGCAUGGAGUCUGGAGUCAGCCGGCUGCCUCUCCAGGUCCUGGGAGAGAACGAGGCGCUGCAGCAGUUCUUCAGUGGUCAGGAUGCGAGGGGUGUCUUGGGCAGCUCUGUCGCCGUGGAUACCAGCAUCCUGGAGCAGUAUCUCAGCAACGACACGGACCCCAGCAGCUUCAUGCUCCCUGAGUCUCCUCCUGACUCGAGCUCAGAGGCCUGUUCACCUGCACAGAUACCAGACAUCCAUUACGAGCCACCCUAUUGGUCAAACCAGCAGACCACCCACGAAGUGUUCCAACCCACGACCCAGUCUCCUGCUUCUUCGUCCUGUCGUUUCAAGCAUCGAGGCGCCGCCCCCGCCCACCCUGACCUGCUGACCCACGAUCAGCUCCACAGUUUGGGCCUCACUAACACUUACAUCAAGUCGGGGACACCGCACAUCCCACCCGGUGCACCUGCCCCCCUGCACCAGCAUACACACCACUCACCUGAACACAUACACUACGUGGGACCAGAGAGCUGCUCGCAGGUUUACACCCCACCCACACCUCCUUCUCCACCCCUACCUCCCUCGAACAGCUACGUUGCACCCUGUGCUGGUCUGGGCAUGGUCCCACAUUUAACCACAACCCAUUCAACCUGUUUGCUGGGUUCUGCCCCCACAAUACACACCUGCUCCUCGGAAAGCAAAAAGAGGAAGAGAUCUGAGUGUGAGGAACCAUCAGCAGGCAACGACACUUCCUGCAGUGAUGAAGACGGGAAUUGUGGUGUCAGUGUGGGGAACGGCAUAGGUGGUGAUGGACUAAAUUUUGGAUCCUACCAGCUUCUGACCUGGGAACAAUAUAGGCCGGGACAGUGGAGCACUAUGUACGACAGCAGCUGCCAGACAAUGUCUCCUUUUGGCUACCACAUUGACACAGAUAAAGGCUUCAACUACUCUGCAGCUGAUGAGGCCUUUAUUUGCCAGAAGAAGAACCACUUUCAGGUCACCAUUCACAUUGGUGUGGCUGCAGAGCCACAAUACGUCAGAACACCCAGUGGGACACAGGAAGUCAGCCACUUUGAAAUAAAGGUGUUUGGGGUCAAGCUGGAAGCUCCGAGCCAACAGGUGACCAUUGAGCAGUCUCAGCCUGACCGCAGCAAGAAGCCCUUCCACCCAGUAAGGGUCAGCCUUCCCGGCGGAAAGAUCACAAAGGUAACGCUCGGCCGGCUGCACUUCAGCGAAACGACGGCCAAUAACAUGAGGAAGAAAGGCAAACCCAACCCAGACCAGAGGUAUUUUCAGAUGGUGGUUGGUUUAUACGCUGCAGUCGGAGAGGAGACUUUCCUCCUGACAGCUCUGGUGUCCGAGAGAAUCAUUGUCAGGGCUUCCAACCCCGGUCAGUUUGAGAUGGACGGAGACGCCCUGUGGCAGCGUGGGGUGGUGCAGGACGCUGUAGUCUGUCAGGGUCGGGUGGGCAUCAACACCGACUCCCCUGAUGAGGCACUGGUCGUCUGCGGUAACGCCAAGGUGAUGGGGACCAUCAUGCAGCCAUCCGACCGCCGUGCCAAACAGAACAUACAGGAGGUCGACUCUGAGCAGCAGCUGAAGAGAAUCACUCAGAUGAAAAUAGUUGAGUUUGAUUACAAACCAGAGUUUGCCUGCACGAUGGGUAUGGACCACACCCACCAGACAGGUAUAAUAGCUCAGGAGGUGAAGGAGCUGCUGCCGUCAGCGGUGAAGGAAGUCGGAGACGUCACCUGUUCUGAUGGAGAGAGGAUUCCUAAUUUCCUCAUGGUGGACAAGGAGCAGAUCUUCAUGGAGAACGUUGGGGCGGUGCAGCAGCUGUCAAAGCUCACCGACAACCUGGAGACACGAAUCAAGGACCUGGAGGUCUGGAACCACCGACUGGCAAAGCUGAAGAUCCUGACCGGCAGCCUGCGCUCCACAGAGAAGCCCAGGAAACAAAGCAGUGUGUUGACGAUGCCGAGUACUGACACAUGUAAAAGUGGGAAAGUUCAGACGGAGGGCUCGGGUCAGAAAUACAGACACUGUCUGCGGCAUAAAGUCUUCCAAGCCAGCAUCUUCACCCUACUGGCCACCAUGGCUUUAUGUGUCAUCUCUAUCACCGCUUUGUACCUACUAAAUUUAAAGGAGGAAGACUUUGACAUCUUUCCCGGCAUCAGUAACGGCAGCUUGGUUCCUCUGCAGACCACAGCCUGGACCAGCACAGUGCCGCCAACCAGCCCACCUGGCCCCUGGCCCCCAGAGGUGGACUUCUGUGACCUGUUGUACUGUGAUCAGGUGUACUGCUGCCCUUCGGCAGCAGGGGGCAGCACUGACUUCAACGUCACCGCCGCUCAACCGGCGGAAAAGCCUGAUGCGACAGAAGGGGGAGAAGAAAAACUCUAUCACAAGCUGAAAAGUGCCAAAGACUGGACGAACACCACCAUCCAUUCUUUCAGGAUCAAAGAGAACCAGAGGGUGAUUGACAGCAAAUACUGUCUAAGAGACGAAUGUGGGCCAGAUAGAUACGUCUACAGAGUCCCCAUCAGCCAGUUUGUCCCGGUCAACAUGAGGGUUACCCUGCUCAUGAAUUCUACUGAGCUGCUGGUGGUGCAUCUGUGUGGUUUCGAUGAGUCAGCGGUCUGCUCUGCUCUGCUGGAUAUAAACACCGUCACAGGGAUCAGAUACCCAUCAAACACGCAGGGAGAACACGAAUGGCCUCUCCACGUGGCUCGUCUUUAUCACAGCUCGUACCACUUCCGCUCCGCGGUGGCUGGUCAAGCAGACUGCAGUACUGACCAUCACUACGCGGGGGCGCUCUUCACUGACUACAUUUUCCACUUCUACAGACAGUGCACAGGCUCACAGACACACAUUUAAAGACUGAUAACAAAAAUAUUAAAUUUUUAGUGUGUUAAAUGCAAAUAUAUUAAAUAUUUGCUUUAUCCUCAAAAGGAUGAAAAUCAGAGAAAUUGAAGCAGACUGUCAUUGUUUCUGUUUUGUUAUGUUUUUUUUUAAGAUGCAAAUGGAUUUUUAUUGUGAUAUAAGUAGCUUUUGCUGAUAUACUGUACCGCAUCAUUGCAAAAAUGGUCAGCAGUGGAAGUUCAGCUCGGAUCAGAUGCACAAUAUUUCCUUUUCUGUUCUUCAACUUGCUGUCUUUUAUUCUCGUGUCCUUCCUGCUUCGUUAGAUAGCGUCCAGCUAGUAGAGACGACAGACCAACAGAGCGACGUCACGAUGGGGAAUUUAUGAAAAGAUUAGGUCAAAGUUUAUCUCUCGUAAUUCAUUUUGUCAACACCCAGCCGUCGGAGACGUGUCGAAUAUUCAUUUUCAGCACAUUGAAAUGUACUAAAUUGACAAUUAUGUACAGAAAUCCGUAACUGAAGCUCUGAUACUGAUUUUAUUCACCUUAAAGGAAAUUAAUGUAAUUAAAUAGAUUGAAAGUUUUGUUUGUCUUGAUUUUUAGUUAUCAGUUGCUUAUUAUGAUGUUUGACGUCUUUCCGUAAAGUACUCGCUGGAUCUCAUGCUUAUGGAACAGGAUCACAUUUAUGUGAAAAAUAAUUCUGAGAUUAAUCUC